AUGGAUGCAUAUCGUGAAAUUAUAGACCCAUCACGUGUUAGUAAUUGUGUUGGGUGUAAUUUUAUAUCACCUAAACAAAAGAAUUUAAUAGUUGGGAAAGGUUCAUUAUUGCAAAUUUUUGAAGUAAUUACAACCAAACAAUCAACUACUAAUAAACCUCAUUAUCGAUUGAAAAUAGUGGGUCAGUUUAAACUACAAGGAUGUAUUACUGACUUGAAACCAAUAAGAACUGUUGAAAAUCCAAACUUACACUAUUUGAUUGUCUCCACGAAAUAUGCCAAAUUUUCAAUUAUUAAAUGGGAUCAUCAUCUAAACACAAUUUCAACAGUGUCUUUGCAUUAUUAUGAAAAUUCUAUUCAGAAUUCAACAUAUGAGAAAUUGUCAGUUUCAGAAUUAUUAUUAGAACCAACAUAUAACUCAGUCAGUUGUUUAAGAUUCAAGAAUCUUCUUUGUUUCUUACCAUUUGAAACAAUCGAUGAAGAUGAAGACGACGAAGAAGAUGAAGAUGACGAAGAUAAGGAUGAAAAUAUGGACAAGAAUAAUGUUGAUAUAGACAAAGAAGAAUCCAAGGAAGGUAAUGAAAAGGAUAUGAACGGAAACAGUUUUGAACCAAGACAAUUCUAUGAUUCUAGUUUUAUUAUUGAUGCCACUACUUUGGAUUCAACUGUUGGUACAGUUAUCGAUAUGCAAUUUUUACAUAAUUAUAGAGAACCAACAAUUGGUGUGUUAUCUCUGAAAUCUGAAGUAUGGGCAGGUAAUCUACUUAAAUCUAAAGAUAAUAUACAAUUUCAAGUUUUAACCCUUGAUUUAAACCUGAAAUCCACUGUUUCUGUUUUCAAAAUUGAUAAUUUGCCUUAUGAAAUUGAUAGAGUUAUCCCAUUACCAAGUCCAUUAAAUGGGGUCAUAUUAGUUGGAUGUAAUGAAUUGAUACAUGUUGAUAAUGGUGGGGUUAUGAAACGUAUCGCAGUCAACAAAUUCACAGGGUUGACUACAGCUUCUAUUAAAAGUUUCCAAGAUCAAUCCGAUUUAAAUUUGAAAUUAGAAGAUUCAACUAUUGUUCCCAUUCCAAAUGAUCAUCGUGUAUUGUUGGUUUUGAAGACUGGAGAAUUCUACUAUAUUAAUUUUGAAUUAGAUGGGAAAUCAAUCAAAAGAGUACACAUUGAUGUCAUAGAUAAGAAAUUGUACGAAAAGGUAAAACUAACAUACCCAGGCGAGGUUGCUGUGUUAGAUAAGAAUUUGUUAUUUUUUGCCAAUUCAAGUGGGAAUAGUCCUUUGGUGCAAGUUAAGUAUCGUGAUUCAUUAUCAGAUGCAAAAAUUGGCGCACCAAUAGAAGAGUCAGACGAAGAAGAUGAAACGCAAAAAGCUGAUGAAGAUGAUGACGAAGAUGACUUGUAUAAAGAAGAGGAAGAGGAAGAAGAACAGAAAAAUUUAAGUAAAACUCAUAUAGAGUUUGUUUAUCAUGAUGAAUUGAUUAAUAAUGGUCCUUCAAGUAGUUUUACAUUAGGUGUAUGUUCUCAUGAGCAAUUCAAAUGUAAUUUACCAAAUCCAAAUUAUAAUGAAGUUUCUAUCAUUAGCAACGCAGGUACUCAUUCAUCUACCAAGUUAAAUAUUAUAACGCCAACUAUCCAGCCUCAAAUUUCGUCUUCCUUGACAUUCUCCCAAGUUAAUAGAAUGUGGAAUUUGAAUCAAAAGUAUUUAAUAACAUCUGAUGAUGGGAAUUACAAGAGUGAAAUUUUCCAAAUUGAGAAAUCAUAUAAACGUAUGAAAUCUAAAGAUUUUAUAAAUGAUGAACUUACAAUCAACAUGCACGAAUUGAAUAAUGGCAAAUUUAUAUUACAGGUUACACCUAAUCAAAUUGUUCUUUAUGAUAACAAAUUCAAACAAAGAUUCAAUUUAAAUGAAGAAAUCAAGGAUGAUGAAAUUUUGAGUAGUAUUUUACGAGACGAAUUUUUAAUGAUAUUUUUAGCUAGUGGUGAUGUUAUGAUUUUUGCUAUAAACACUUAUAAUGAAUCAUAUGAUAAAGUUGCCAUUCCUAAAUUAUUGGACGAUACAAUUAUAACCACUGGUUAUAUUACCAAUUCUCAUUUAUUAAACGUUGUGCUGAAGGAUGUUAGUACAUUACUUAAGAAGAGAAAACAUAGUCUGAUUAAUAGUGUUUCCAACAAACCAAGAAAUAUGGAUCCGCCAAAGACAACUAAACUGAAAACUUUUAUAUUAGUUACUGGUGAUAACCGUAUUGUUGCAUUCAAUAGAUUUCAUGGAGAAAAAUGUUUCCAAUUGAAUGAUGUGGGUAGAUUCACUGAUAAUCUUUCAUUAGGAUUUUUUGAUCCAAAUCAACUGACUGUCGAUCCAUUCAUUAAACAAAUUAUGUUAAACGAAUUAGGUGAUAAGGUAGACAAAGAUGAAUAUUUGACUAUAUUGACUAUUGGUGGUGAAGUUUAUAUGUAUAGACUUUAUUAUGAUGGAGAAAAUUAUUUCUUUAGAAAAGAGAAAGACCUAACAAUUACUGGUGCUCCAGAAAAUGCAUUCCCAUAUGGUACUUCUAUUGAAAGAAGAUUAGUUUAUUUCCCAAAUUUGAAUGGAUUUACAUGUAUUUUCCUUACUGGGGUUAUACCAUAUUUAAUUUUGAAAACUAUUCAUGCUAUACCGAGAAUCUUUCAAUUUACAAAAAUUCCAGCUGUAUCAAUAUCGGCAUUUUCUGAUUCAAAAAUCAAGAAUGGGUUGAUUUUCUUGGAUAAUGAACAAAAUGCUAGAAUUUGUGAGUUACCAUUGGAUUAUAAUUAUGAAUUUAAUUUACCUAUGAAACACGUUCCAAUUGGUGAAUCAAUCAAAGCAAUGGCAUAUCAUGAAGCUUCAGACUGUGUUGUAGUUUCUACUUUUAAAGAAAUCCCAUAUAACUGUGUUGAUGAAGAAGGUAAGUUGAUUGUUGGAGUAAUGGAAGAUAAGCCAGCAGCUACUUCAUUUAAAGGAUCAAUUAAAUUGAUUUCACCUUAUAAUUGGUCAGUUAUUGAUACAAUUGAACUUGAUGAUAAUGAGGUUGGUAUGAGUUUAAAAUCAAUGGUUUUAGAUAUUGGAUCAAGUUCAUUAAUUAAGAAAUUUAAGAAUAAACGUGAAUAUAUUGUUGUUGGGACUGGUAAAUAUAGAAUGGAAGAUCUUGCUGCUAAUGGGGCAUUUAAAAUUUUUGAAAUUAUUGAUAUUAUUCCUGAACCAGGUAAACCUGAAACCAAUCAUAAAUUUAAAGAAACUUUUCAAGAAAAUAUUAAAGGAGCUGUUACUAGUGUUUGUGAAUUAAGUGGAAGAUUUUUAGUUUCACAAGGUCAAAAAGUGAUUGUUCGUGAUUUACAGGAUGACGGUACUGUUCCAGUGGCAUUUUUAGAUACUCCAGUAUAUGUAUCGGAAUCUAAAAGUUUUGGUAAUUUAUUAAUUUUGGGAGAUCCAUUAAAAGGAUGUUGGUUGAUUGGUUUUGAUGCCGAACCAUUUAGAAUGAUUAUGUUGGGUAAAGAUACGCAACAUUUAUCAGUUGAAUGUGCCGAUUUUAUCAUUAAAGAUGAUGAAGUAUACAUCCUUGUGGCUGAUAAUAAUAAUGUACUUCAUUUAUUGAAUUAUGAUCCAGAUGAUCCUCAGUCAAUUAAUGGUACCAAAUUAUUAACCAAAGCAUCCUUUGAACUUGCGUCACCGAUAUCCUGUUUAAGAACAUUACCUAUUGAUGAUAAUAAUUUCCAAAUUAUUGGAUCUUGUCAAGAUGGAUCAUUUUUCAAUGUAUUCCCAAUAAAUGAAUCAACAUACAGAAGAAUGUAUAUCUUACAACAACAAUUAACUGAAAAAGAAUAUCAUUAUUGUGGAUUAAAUCCAAGAUUAAAUAGAGUUGGAAAUUUAGCAUUAAAAGAUAAUGAUACUAAUAUUAAACCUAUAUUAGAUUAUGGCUUAAUAAGAAUUUUUGCUAAAUUGAAUACUGAUAGAAAGAAAGCCUUUGCUAAUAAGGUUUCAGGUAAAUCGGCACUUCAAGAUGUUUGGACAGAUAUAAUUGAGUUUGAACAUACUUUAGAUGUUUUAUAG